CUCUCCACAGCCCCCUGUGGGUGGCAUUGAUGAGCGCCCUAAUCCUGGGUCUGCUCUUCGUGGCAGUCUACAGCUUGUCCCAUGGCGAAAUCUCCUAUGACCCACUCUAUGCUGUCUUCGCCGUCUUCGCCUUCACCUCGGUUGUGGACCUCAUCAUCGCUCUUCAGGAAGACGGCUAUGUGGUGGGCUUCAUGGAUUUCUACACCAAGGAGGGAGAGCCAUACCUGCGCACAGCACACGGAGUCUUCAUUUGCUACUGGGAUGGCACCGUUCACUACCUCCUCUACCUGGCCAUGGCCGGCGCCAUCUGCAGAAGGAAGAGAUACCGGAACUUUGGACUGUACUGGCUGGGUUCCUUCGCCAUGAGCAUCCUGGUGUUCCUUACAGGAAACAUUCUUGGUAAGGACAAGGCUUCGGGAAAUCUGGUUCAGGAGGAACAAAGAAAGGGCCUCCUGCAGCGUCCGGCUGACCUGGCCCUUGUCAUAUACCUCAUCCUUGCUGGCUUCUUCACUCUGUUCCGGGGCCUGGUGGUGCUUGACUGCCCCACAGAUUCCUGCUUUGUCUAUAUCUACCAGUAUGAGCCAUACCUGCGGGACCCUGUGGCCUAUCCUAAGGUGCAGAUGCUGAUGUACAUGUUUUACGUCCUGCCUUUCUGCGGCCUGGCUGCCUAUGCUCUCACCUUCCCUGGUUGUUCCUGGCUGCCAGACUGGGCCUUGGUGUUUGCUGGAGCCAUCGGCCAGGCACAGUUCUCGCACAUGGGGGCUUCCAUGCACCUGCGCACACCCUUCACCUACCGUGUGCCUGAGGACACCUGGGGCUGCUUCUUCGUGUGCAAUCUGCUGUAUGCACUGGGCCCCCACCUGCUGGCCUACCGUUGCCUUCAGUGGCCUGCAUUCUUCCACCAGCCGCCACCCUCCGGCCCCAUAGCCCUCCACAAGAAGCAGCAUUGAGAGGGCUAUGGACUAAGGACCCAGGACUCUGUUUACGUGCCCAGUCAGCCCUACCUGGGGAAGCGGGGGUCGGGUGUUUUAGAGACAGGAGGGACAUCUCCAGGUGUCGUUAGUCCUGGCUAUGGUGGUUUCAGUCCAGUGGGUGGGAUGGAGACCAACGACCAAGUGUUCCUGCAAGGAGAGCCUCCCACAGCUGUCACCAUGCUCCAACCCCCACACGACGCUUCCACCCCUUCCAGAAUUUACCCUUCAUCCCCCCAUAGAUCCUUUUAGUAAAAACCCUUUCAAUUUCCAAAA